AUGGCUUCUUCCCGAAUUGUAGCUGUUUUCGGUGCCACGGGCAAUCAGGGUGGCUCUGUUGCUAAAUCUCUCCUGGAAAACAAGAACAAUUUCCAAGUUCGCGCCAUCACUCGCAAUCCUGACUCAGAAAAAAGCAAAACAUUGGCUGUCCUUGGUGCUGAGGUUGUCAAGGCUGAUGGCUUUAAAGGAUCGGAGAUGAUUGAGGCAUUUAAAGGUGCCUGGGGAGCAUUCGUGAAUCUCAAUUCUGAUGACAAGGUAUUUACCGAUCCGAAUGGCCCGACAGAGUUUGACCUGGGCAAGAUUAUCAUCGACAGUGCCAUCGAGGCCGGUGUUGCACACAUUGUCUUCAGCUCUGGUCCUCCCUGUGCAGAGAUGACUGGCGGCAAGGUCCGAAUGAAGGCCAUGGACAUGAAACACAAGAUUGAAAACUAUAUUCGCUCGAGUGGGAAGUUUUCCACCGCCGCAUUUAUCUGCGCGGGGUGGUACUUGGAAAACUUCCUGUCACAAGAAGUUGCCCCAAUUUUUGGCGGUUUUCCCCACUUUCCGGACCCGGAGGGAUACCUCACGUUCAAAGUUCCAAUGUGGGGAGGGAAGGAGGAUGUACCUUGGCUCAGCAUGACUGACGAUUACGGUGAUAUCAUCCACGGCCUAUUUUUAGAGCCCGAGAAAUGGAAUGGCUGUGUAGUACAAGGGGUGAGCGAUAUCCUCAGCUUCGGCCAGUUGGUUAGCUGGUUCCAGGAAGUGACCGGAAAGCCAUCUCGCUUCGACCCGCUCAUGCCGUCCUGGGAAGCCUUUGAUACGCAUGGGAUUCACGAACUUGAAGAUGUGAAGCUGAUGUUUGGGUUCACGCAAAUCACUGGUGGACGAUAUUUUGGCGAGAAGCCCACCGAGUCCGACACAGCGACGCAGCUGAAAAUGACUGGAGCUCGCGCCAGGGGUCAAGCGGGCUCGGCUCUCCAGUUAAUCAGCGUUGGAGAAUGGUUUAAGCGGCGAUUUUGUGUCACCGAAGGAGCUUCUGCAUGA